GAUGAAAUAGAAGGUUUCAUAAAUAUCUCCAGAUAAAUUAUAUGCUAGUUUAUUAAAAAGGAAAAAUGAAUAAGAAUAAUAAGCUCGUUUAAAAUCACCUAUAGUAACAACAAAUAAGUAAAGAUGUGAUUGUUAUAAAAAAUUAGAUAUUUAGUUUCCAGUAACAGAAAUGGUGGAGGAACUUCAAAAAUAGAAGCAAAAAAGUCAAGGCCUGCAAGUGGAAAAGAUUUAAAGGAUGUGAGCAGUGUUUUAUUAAAGAAAACUCAUGCUCGUUAAAAUAGCAAAUUAAUUGAAACAAAGGAGAACUCAUAGAAUCUAUCAACAAGUGCUCUUUCUUUAUUACUUAAAAUUAAAUAAGAUAAAUGUGAAAAUAAACAAUCUUAAAUUUAAUAACCAAAAGAUCUUUAUAACUAAUAAACUAUUCAGAAAAAAUAUUAAAAAUUAAUGGAAAUGACGAAAUAAUAAUAAUAGUUAAUACUAAAACCAAAAUUAUUUAAGGGGCCACGUUCGAUCAGCAAUCCAGACAUUUCUACAAUGUAAUUGUAAAUAGUAAAAGCAAAUGGAUAAAGUGCUGCAGGUAUGUUAUAUAAUGGAUAAACUAAAACAAAUCAAGAUAUAUACAAGUUAAUUUAAAGAUUUUGUAACAGAGAAAACGAUUGGUAUAUUCAAGUUUCUGAUGGACAUGGUACAAACGGUCAUUAAGUAGCAUAAUUUUUAAGGGAAGUUCUACCUCAAUUUAUUGAAUAAGGAGUUGUUCAUUUGACAUCAUGUUAUGAAAGAGAUAAGUAUAUAAUUAAAAUUUAAAUUUAGAUAAAUUAAUUUAGUACUCAAGAAUUGUUUUUUGUAAACUAAUGAUGAAUUAAUGGAUAGUGGAAUUGAUAUUACAUACUCUGGAGCAACAACUGUAGUUGUUUUAUCUUUUGAUAAUGUGUUAUAUUGUGCAAAUAUUGGAGAUAGUAGAGCUAUUAUAGGAAGAUUUGAUAAUAAAUUGUCUGUGAUAGAAUUAUCAAAAGAUCAUAAACCAGAUUGUUUUUUGGAAUAAGCUAGAAUUUUAUAAAGAGGAGGGAGAGUAUAGGCUUAUAGUGAUGAAGAAGGGAAUCCUAUAGGACCAGCAAGAGUUUGGAAAUAGGAUGAAGAUGUGCCAGGAUUGGCAAUGUCAAGAAGUUUUGGGGAUUAUAUAGCUAGUUAAGUUGGAGUAAUUUAAGAACCUGAAAUUAUUAAGCAUUCUCUAUUGCCAUGUGAUAAAUUUAUAGUUGUAGCUUCAGAUGGAAUUUGGGAGUAUAUAUAUUAUUAUUAUGAAUUAGAUUUCUAUCAAAUGAAUAAGUUAUUGAGACUGUUUAUGAAUAUUACAAAAGAGAUGAUAGUUAAGGAGCUUGUUAAAAAUUGGUUUAAUUAGCAAGGGAUGCUUGGCAAAGAGAGGAUGAAGUCAUAGACGAUAUUACAAUUGUAGUUGCCUUUAUUAAAUGAU